AUGUCAAACUCUUCGACUCCCGAUGCGAAGGUGCAGGUAGUCACGACAAGCAGCGCCGAGGAUCAACUUUUCCACCAGCUAUUUCCACAGCUACGUCGAAACGAAAAACUGGUUCAGUCAUGCAAUUGUGGUCUGAUACGACGGAAACUUGUGCGAAUGGGGAGGAUGUAUGUGACACCUCUACGAAUUUGCUUCACAUCGUCGUUUAUUGAAGAGCCUCUCUUUAUUCUCUUGGAGAACGUGCUUACAUUGGAGAGGAAAGCAAGCUUUGUCUGCGACACCAUUGUUGUAGUCACGAAGACACAAGUGGAGCAUGAUUUUACAGCUUUCAUUUCGACGGGGGUGACUCAAAUGUACAGCUUAUUGAAAACUCUGUGGUCUGUUCGCGAGAAGUACACUGCGGACAGGGCUAGGUCCCUUUGCCCUGACGAUAAAUCUGACGCUUCGUCCGCGACUAGUUCUCUAAGUGGUCGUCUUACAACUGGAGGUAACUCAGCUGCUUACGGCAGUGGUGCUGAGGCACGAGACAGUCAGUCCCAAGACACACACCCCCUGUCAGCCAGCAAUUGGCUGAGCACAAACGGUAGGCAAGACGCCGAGGACUGUACCGAGUGCGACCGAGCUGCCGUUUCCCUACGUGCUUCGUCUGUGGGCGCACCGGCUGUGGUAGAAAAGCAGAGUACCAGUGGAUUGUUGCUGGAGAGAAGUUCGUUACAAAAUCGAAAAAGUGGACCUCAGGAAAGUAGCAAUGACGUUCAGUCUGGGACAAACCCGGAAUUUCGGCGCUUUUUCCCGUCGAUUCCUCAGACAGAAACAAUCAAGGACUCGUUCACGUGCUGCUACCAAUUUGGGGCCAGCCGGCUGGGAAAAAUGUGGGUUACCCAGAACUUCAUUCUCUUUGUUUCGCCGAUGAUGGAAUCACGAAUAGAGAUCAAGUUCUCCGAUGUGGAGAAAAUUGAAAAGGAGCAGAAACUUGUCCUGCUCGACGGCUUUUACGUGCAGCUCAAAUCUGGCUCCUCGCUGAGCUUUUCAAACUUUACGAGCCGCGAUGCUGCCUUGAAUGUGAUCGAGUCCACAUUUCAGGCCUCAAAGGCUCAGCAGAAUGGUACAAAAAAGGACACUGGGGUCUCAGGCCCACUCGUCUUCAAGACAACGACGAGCGAAAAUGACGAAGGCAAGAUACCCGCCGUGGCGUCGAUGGAUGCGUUCUCGCAGGUGGAGACAGAGUAUGGCAGCGCACUUAGCGACUUCUCGUGCUUCGAGAAAGAAGUGAUAACACCUGUGAAGCUGUGCACGGGGAAGGGAGUGCUCGACGUGUUCGGCGUGUGCUUCGAUGAUGACACCGCGCUGCUGGAGGACUAUCACACAGAGCGGAAGGACACGUGCCAGAAGUGGGAGUCGUGGCAGCCGACGAAGGACGGCGGCACGUUCCGCGGCCAGCGCCAGUUUACAUGCACGACGCUGGUGAGGGCGAUGAUGGGGAAGCCGUACGCGUACGUCGAGUACCAGCGCUACGCCCUAUUCAAGGUGAGCGGUACCCCGACACUCGCGGUGCAGUUCUCAAGCCAGGUGCCCGGUGUGAUGUUUGGCGACGCGUUCCGGGUGGAGGCACUUGUGAUGUUCACACAGGUCGGCAGCGGUGCGUCGGCCGAGGUGACGAUGCGUGUAUUCGGGUACGUGCAGUUCCUGAAGAAUGUGUGGGUGAAGGGCCGCAUCUUGUCGACCACGAUGGACACGGAGCUGCCCGAGGGGUACAAGACUCUUGCUAAAAUGAUUUGCGGGCGGGUUAAAAGUCAUCAGAGCGGAGGCGGGACGGAAGGCAGUGCAGAGGCUGACGGGGAGGCAAGGAAAGAGGGUGGGACCCAGGGAGCUUCGUCGAUGUCUGAGUGUAUGCCAUAUGUUCCUCUGCUCUUCAAAGUGUGGGCAUUGGAAGGGUUCACCGCCAAUGUUACCGUUCUCGCGCUUUCUGCGUUGUGCUUUUUUGUUUCGCUUUUUUGCUGCCUUAUCAUGAGUUUCUCCCCCAUAAGGGGUUUCAGAGAGCGAGGCGUGCUGCAGUCUCUCACGUCACCGCUGACUGCUGUGGUCACUGCGGUGGUGUGCUUUGUGAGCUUUCAGAUUGGCAUAACUGCGUUUGUGUCCCUUUGA